GGGUUGUUUGGUUCGAGUGGUUUGAGUUGCUUGAAUCAUUACAAAUUAUGAAAAAUUGGGUCAAUUGGGUCGGGUCGGGUCGGGUCGGGUUCUCUCUUAGGAUAUAUAUAUUUAACUAUAUCCCAUGAAAAUUAUAUCUUGGAUAAAUAAGAGUGAAAAUUAAAAAAGAUAAUAAAGAAAACAUAUAAUCGUAUAUCUUAUCAACUAUAUUUCCUAUAUUUUCUCAAUUUCUUGACUAAAAAGUUAGCUAAACUGACCAUCACUUCUCCCUUCCUCCAAAACCCUCCUUAAUAUUUCAUUUUUCGUUGUUUUCCAUACAAAAUAACACAAAACAAGAACAAUGUCAGUGAUAUUAUCAACCAUCUCGUCGGCUGCCCUAGCCUAUUUUGCAUCAUUAGAAAAGGCUAAGACUCAGCAAGCUUAUGACACAGUCGAAACCCUUCGCGGUAUACCGGAAUAUCAUGUGUCCGGGUUACAAACACUCAUAAGCAGUCUUCCUCACCAUGAUAUCAAAAAAAUUGUCUUCCUUCGCGGUGUUGUUUUGCCGAGUUCCUUAGUUAAAAAUUUAACUAGUGGUGGAGAUGCGUCUGAUACGGCCCAAGGUGUACCGGAGUCAUCGGUAGAAAUUCUUCACUCCCCUAAGACCCAUCAGCAGCAAGCUGUUGUGGUUGAGAGAAGUAUCAUUCACGGAUACUAUGAAAGAUCUAAUUUUUUGGGCUUCAUCAACAAGAAACAAGAGGGAAAGAAAGUUGUCUCCAAGGCACGCAAACAGGUUCCCUUCAUCAUUGCAGAGAACACAAAUCACACUAUAUCAAUACUAAGCAGCAAAUACGUCGUGAUCAACUUAGAGGAUACCGAUGUUCAAAUUCCUCUACAAAAAGUCUCUUCUGAUAAGAGAGAAAUUUUUACUCACAGUGACAAUAAUGGCUUUAAACUACAAGUUGAUGAGAUUACUGAAGAAAACAUCCUUCCAGUGGGUGAUGUUAUUAGUGCUGUUGGCAUUUUUAGCUUGGAAAAUGGGGUUCCAAAUAUUAAGCCUUAUAAAGGACUUCCUUAUUUUCUUACAUCCAAGAGCAAGGAGGAGUUGGUUGCGGAAUUAUCUGCUCAGUUAGAGAACGCAACAGACUGGUCGGAAACACUCUCGAAUUGGUCAGUUGGUUUAGCUGGUUUUGCCAUUGGUGCUCUUUUACUACGCAUUGCCUUAAGGGCAUCAAAGUGAACAGAGGAUUUUGCAUGCUUGAUAGCAACACAUACAAAGUACGGAGUAUAUAUGAGAGACAUCUUUAGUUAUCAUACUACUAAUCUUAUCUAGCAUACUUUGUCAUUAUGAGAGAUUAGACUAUUAAUUCUCUUUUUCUUCUUUAUAAGAUCAAUAAAAGUAUGAAUAGCAGAGAGUACUUGUAAGAUUUUAACUUUAUGCAUGGUUAAUGCUUUUUUAAUUUAUUCAUGUGAUUAAUUAUGUCCAUCUAUAUCAACAUUCAUAUGUAAUUAUUAGU